UGGCCGUCCUCAUAGCUCCCCUCUCUCUCUCUUCUGGUUUUGUUUUCUCUCACCGUAAUUUUCUACAACUGCCAGCCCUCUCUGACCCCAUACGCACAUCCCCCAUCAUAUCCUCGCAUCCCUUUGCUUCUCCCCUCCGCUGUCUCUCCUCUUUCUAGCUGUUCCCUGUCCUGUUUCCUCCUUGUUUGAAGGAAAGCGGAGGGGAGGCAGAGAUAAAGAAAGGGGAAGGAAGAACAGAGAGGCGAGGAGAAAGAGAUAAAGAGAUCAGAGGUUGAAAGAAUGGCGUUUGCAGGUACUACGCAGAAGUGCAUGGCCUGCGAUAAAACCGUUUAUUUGGUUGACAAACUCACCGCCGACAAUCGAAUCUAUCAUAAAGCUUGCUUUCGAUGCCACCAUUGCAAGGGAACUCUCAAGCUUGGAAAUUACAAUUCAUUUGAUGGAGUUCUAUACUGCAAACCUCACUUUGAUCAGAUCUUUAAGAGAACUGGCAGCCUUGAGAAAAGCUUUGAAGGCACACCAAAGGUUGUCAAACCAGAGAAACAUGUUGAUAACGAGAAACCAACGGCUAGUAAAGUAUCAAGCGCUUUUGCUGGGACCAGAGAGAAAUGUGUUGGAUGCAACAAGACGGUUUAUCCAAUUGAAAGGGUGACCGUUAAUGGAACUCCUUAUCACAAGAGCUGCUUCAAGUGCUCUUAUGGCGGCUGUGUCAUCAGCCCUUCAAACUAUAUAGCACAUGAAGGGAAGCUCUACUGCAAGCACCACCACGUUCAGCUGAUUAAGGAGAAAGGCAACUUGAGCCAGCUGGAGAAUGAUCAUGGUAAGCUGGUUGUGGAAACCUCUGUCAGCCCAACGGCUAUGGAAGCAUAAAGGUGUUUCAUGGAUGUUUUCAGGAAGCUUCAUCUUGUGUUUCAGUAUGCUGUGCUUUAAUUUCUUCUUUCAUCUUCUUGAGGAUUGUGAGUUGUAUGAUUACAGUAUAAUUUGCGUUAAUUUUCUUGUGUGCUUGAGGGGAAAAGGAUCCAGAGUUGGGUUCCUUAACCUACUGUGUUUCCUCCUUGAACCAAUAAAAUGUAAUCGGAUUUAUAUUGAGUUUAAAUUUAUCACAAGGAGUUCUCA